AUGGCCAUGGAGUCUAGCAGCAAACUCCACAAUAAUCCACUCGAUUUCGAAUGGCCAUAUCACGAAGAUCUUUUCCAAUUCGACAAAGCACUAGAGCUUCCUCCUCUGGAUGUUGGGUUAUUCGACUUCGACUUGGCCGACUCGCUUUCAUUGCCAUUCCAUUGGGAGAAUCUUUCCCAGUUGGAGUUGGAGCUCCAAAGUCCGCCUGAAUUUUUCUCGCCGGACAAACACAUGACGGCCGACGAGAAGCCGCCGGCGAGGAUGAUAAAAUUAGAAUAUGAGGAAGGGCAGCAUGAACAACAACAACAACGUGAGCAAAUUGAAAGAGGGUUUAAUAGUGAUUCAAGUUGGAUAUCAGACGUUGAUGAGAAGAAGAGGAGGAAUAAUAUGAGAUUGAGGAGAUCAAAGAGCUCAGUGCUGGGUUUGGAAGAGAUUCAAAACCACUUUCACAUCCCAAUAUCAGAGGCAGCAAAACAGAUGAAUGUGGGUUUGACAGUGCUCAAAAAGAGGUGCAGAGAGCUCAAUAUCAUGAGGUGGCCCCAUAGAAAGCUCAAGAGCUUGAACUCUCUCAUAAAAAAUGUCAAGGAGAUGGGGUUGUCAAGUGAGAUUAAAGUGUUGGAGGAGCACAAGAGGCUCGUGGAAGAAUUGCCAGAUAUGGACCUCACACACAGAACCAAGAGGCUCAGGCAAGCUUGUUUCAAGGCAAAUUAUAAGAAGAGAAGGUCCAAUAAUAAUAGUUUUGCAACUCUUCACUAA